AUGAAGCUUACCUGGUAUCUGGUGGCUGCGGCCGCUGUCGCCGUCAGAGCUUCUCCGCACCCCGCAUACGGGCAACAACAGCCGCUCGGGAGCUCGCUACCAGCUUCCCAGGGCAGUAUCGAGGAAUUCGAGAAAGCGCGUGUUGAUAAUUUGAUUAGUAUUGACCCGCUGCUUUCUUUGCACCGCGACCUGGUGGAAAUCGAGUCUAUCUCUGGCAAUGAGCACGAUGUGGGCAUCUUCCUCGCGGAUUUCCUCGAGUCGAAGAAUUUCAAUGUGAUCAAGCAAAAGGUUGCCCCUGUGAAAGAUAAAGAGGAUGGCGAUGAUGGAGAAACACCCAAAACCCGCUACAAUAUCUACGCCUACCCUUCCACUCUGCAAGAAAAGCCCUCAAUCCUUGUCACGAGCCAUAUCGACACAGUCCCACCCUUCAUCCCAUACUCAGCGCACCAGCCCGACCACGCGAGUUCACCAGACUUGGACAAGAUGGUCCUAGCUGGCCGCGGCUCCGUCGAUGCAAAGGGUAGCGUUGCAGCGCAAGUCUUUGCCGUCCUGGAGACUCUGAAGUCAAACCCAGACGCAAAGCUAGCCCUCCUCUUCGUCGUCGGCGAGGAAAUCGGCGGAGACGGCAUGAAGGUCUUCUCCGAGUCAGAACUGAACACGGAAAGUGCCUACCACACCGUGAUCUUCGGUGAGCCUACUGAGGCAAAGCUUGUCUCUGGGCACAAGGGUAUGCUCGGCUUUGAGGUCCUUUCCCACGGUAAAGCCGCGCACUCGGGAUACCCGUGGCUCGGCAAGAGCGCUGUCUCAGGGAUCUUGCCGGCAUUGAGUCGUGUGGAUGAGCUCGGCAAUAUCCCUGUCGGCGAGGGAGGUCUGCCUGCGUCCUCUAAGUAUGGCCCCACCACCCUUAACAUUGGCACAAUUCGAGCCGGUGUGGCUACAAACGUCGUCCCUGCCUCUGCACGUGCGGAUGUCGCUGUUCGCCUCGCGGCUGGUACACCGGACGAGGCGCGGGAGAUCAUCCGCCGGGCUGUGGAGGAUGCAACUCGUGAUGUCGAGGCUGAUGUUGAGGUUGACUUUUCUAAGCACAAUGAGUCAUACGGUCCGCAAGACUUGGAUACUGAUGUGGAUGGGUUUGAUGUCAUGCCCGUCAACUAUGGUACUGAUGUGCCUAACCUGAAAGUCCGCGACGGUGUCAAGCGUUAUCUCUAUGGACCUGGAAGUAUCUUCGUUGCUCAUGGUGACAAUGAAGCGCUCACUGUCGCAGACCUAAAGGACGCUCUUUCGGGCUUCAAGAAGCUGAUUGGCGCUGCUCUUCAGCGAGAGUGA